AUGACGAACUCAAUUUUGCCGUGUCUGCUCUUAUUUUCCGGAUUAUUUAAUCAUUUGGUGAAUAGCCAGUUGUCAAUUUCUCAACUUCAAGAAAAAUGUCCUGAUGAUAAACCAUUUUGUGCCGCAAAAGUUGCUUCUGGAGCUUGCUUUGGGAACUCAUUGAAAGCAGGAGUUCUUCAAAAACAAUGCCAAUGUUCAUGUGAUGCAAUUCAUUUCGAAAGGAUACAAAAAUGUUGUCUGACCGUCGGUGUACAAGAGAUGAAGUUUUGCAUGCCCUUAUGCCGUUAUAACACAACAUCAGAAGAAUUGGGAUCUACUCUAGGUCUGAAAUGCUUGAGUCAAUUAACAACUUGGGCAUAUUGUGCUGCUGAUGCUUCAGAUCAAUCUGAAUGCUGCGAACAAAAAGGAAUCCCAUUUGAAUGUCGAUCAUUCUGUAAAGGAGACGUUCCAACAUGUGAUAUGCAAUCCAUUUUCAACUAUGAGCCCUGUAUUCAGUAUAUGGGUUCGAUUAUGCAGUGUCAAAAAGAAGGACUGGGCCCCCAGUCGAAAUACGACCCAGAUUGGUCAUCUAGCUGUGAAUGGGAAGGAUAA